UCUGGAUCAAACAUGAAUGACCUGCUGAAGGUGCCCCUGGUGCACGUCCUCACGCUGGCAGCCCUCAGCUUGGCCGAAACACUCCUGAAAGCUCCAUUGAUCAGCACUCCUCUGGAAACUGUGGAUGCUCUGGUAGAGGAAGUCACUAAGUUUGUCUGUGUAGUGGAGUCAUAUCCUGAGCCAGAAAUUACGUGGACACGCAACGGCAUUCCCAUCAGGCUGUUUGACACCCGGUAUAGCAUACAGAGGAACGGGCAGCUUCUGACCAUUUUGAGUGUGGAGGACAGUGAUGAUGGAGUGUACUGCUGCACAGCAGAUAAUGGGGUUGGAGCAGCUGCGCAGAGCUGUGGAGCUCUCCAAGUGAAAAUGCGACCCAAAAUAACCCGACCACCUGUAAAUGUAGAAAUAAUAGAAGGGUUAAAGGCUGUUCUUCCUUGUACUACAAUGGGGAAUCCAAAACCUUCUGUUUCAUGGAUCAAAGGAGAAACAGCUGUAAAGGAGAAUGCUCGCAUUGCUGUCCUUGAUUCGGGGAGUUUAAGGAUCCACAACAUUCAAAGAGAAGAUGCAGGACAAUAUCGAUGUGUAGCCAAGAACAGCCUGGGCACAGCUUAUUCAAAACCUGCAACGGUGGUAGUGGAAGUUUUUGCCAGAAUCCUGAAGGCUCCUGAAUCCCAAAAUAUCACCUUUGGGUCUGUGGUGACGUUGCGGUGUUCGGCGACCGGCCUUCCAGUCCCCUCUGUCACCUGGCUGGAAAAUGGGAAAGCUGUUUCUGCAGGAUCUAUAGCAGAGAAUGUCAAGGACAGAGUGGUUGACUCCAGAUUGCAGGUGUACGUCACCCGACCCGGCCUGUUCACUUGCCUUGCCAUGAACAAACACAGCAAAACAUUUGGAGCUGCCAAAGCUGCAGCAACCAUCAGUGUUUCAGAUUGGAUACUGUACAAGGGUGAUGGAGGCUACUGCAGUGUGUACAGAGGUGAGGUGUGUAGUGGUAUCUUGGCAAAGGAUGCUCUUGUUUUCUUCAACUCCUCCUAUGUUGACCCAGAGGAGACCCAAGAACUGCUUGUGCACACUGCCUGGACUGAAUUGAAAAUGGUGAGUUCAUUCUGCCAACCGGCUGCUGAGUCUCUGCUGUGUAACUACAUAUUCCAGGAGUGCAACCCCUCAGGAGAUGGGCCAGCUCCAAAACCAAUGUGCAGAGAGAAUUGCCUUGCUGUAAAGGAUCUCUACUGCUUUAAGGAAUGGCUCUCAAUGGAGGAAAACUCUCAGAAGGGGAUUUACAAGCCAGGGCUGAUGUUGCUAACUCUUCCUGAAUGCAACAGGCUGCCCAGCCUGCACCAGGACCCCAGCGCCUGCACCCGCAUCCCUUUCUUUGAUUUUAAGAAGGAGAAUAUAACCAGGACUUGCUACACUGGCAAUGGACAGUUUUACCAGGGCUGGGCCAACAUCACUGUCUCUGGCAUUCCCUGCCAGAAGUGGAGCGACCAGGCUCCCCAUUUGCACAGGAGGACUCCUCAGGUUUUCCCUGAGCUGUCAGAUGCUGAGAAUUACUGCCGCAAUCCAGGAGGUGAGAACGAACGUCCCUGGUGCUAUACAAAAGACCCAUCUGUGACCUGGGAAUAUUGCAACGUGUCUCCCUGUGGAGAUGUGUCGUUAGCACUAGGAACAAGAAAACCAAAUGGAGAGACUCCAAAUCUGCCACCUCUUCUUCCAUUUUCCCCUACGUACUCCAUGACUGUUAUUAUCUCAAUCAUCUCCAGCUUUGCCUUGGUCGUGAUCCUCAGCAUUGCGAUCUUGGUUUGCUGCCGCCAGCGAAAGCAGUGGAAAAACAAAAAAAGAGAGUCAGAGACACCAACGCUCACGACUCUGCCCUCUGAACUCCUCCUGGACCGGCUGCAUCCCAACCCGAUGUACCAAAGGAUGCCCCUUCUCCUCAAUCCAAAAUUGCUCAGCCUGGAAUACCCCAGGAAUAAUAUUGAAUAUGUGAGAGAUAUUGGAGAAGGAGCAUUUGGGAGAGUCUUCCAAGCAAGGGCACCAGGGCUGCUGCCGUAUGAGCCUUUCACAAUGGUGGCAGUGAAAAUGCUGAAGGAAGAAGCAUCUGCAGACAUGCAGGCUGACUUUCAGAGGGAGGCAGCCCUAAUGGCAGAGUUUGACAAUCCAAAUAUCGUCAAGCUUUUAGGUGUUUGUGCUGUUGGGAAACCGAUGUGCCUGCUGUUUGAGUACAUGGCCUAUGGGGAUCUAAAUGAGUACCUGCGUGAUCGCUCACCCCGCAACCUCUGCAACCUGGUGCAUGGGAGCCUGGAUGAGCGGAUCUGCCUCCCAAACCCCCUGGCAUUGUGCUGCACCAGCCAGCUCUGCAUUGCCAAGCAGGUGGCUGCUGGCAUGGCGUACCUCUCUGAGCGCAAGUUUGUCCACCGGGAUUUGGCUACCAGGAACUGCCUGGUGGGGGAGAACAUGGUUGUAAAAAUAGCCGAUUUUGGUCUCUCAAGGAACAUGUAUUCAGCUGACUAUUACAAGGCAAAUGAGAAUGAUGCCAUCCCCAUCCGCUGGAUGCCCCCUGAAUCCAUUUUCUACAACCGCUAUACCACAGAGUCUGAUGUGUGGGCCUAUGGGGUGGUGCUGUGGGAGAUCUUCUCCUAUGGCAUGCAGCCCUACUACGGGAUGGCUCAUGAGGAGGUAAUCUACUACGUGAGGGAUGGGAAUGUCCUCUCUUGCCCAGAUAAUUGUCCCCUGGAGCUCUACAACCUGAUGCGCCUCUGCUGGAGCAAGCUACCUUCUGACCGGCCAGGCUUUGCCAGCAUCCACCGCAUCUUGGACCGCAUGUACGAGAAGGCUGUGGAAACCUUGUCGAUCUGAGGGAUGUGCCCUGUGUCCACCCAUCCAGACUGACUCAGACCGGCCCACGGGCUUGAGAUUGGUAGCUCGACACAAAACUGCAGUUCAGGGGGAGGAGAAACAGCUCGUUCCUCUGCCAAGCAGGAAGUGUGGACUGCAUUCUCCUGCAGGGGGCCAUACUUCCCUGGGUGGGACUGUCCCCUCCAAGUGACAGGACUGAUCCCUGGCCAUCAAGCUUGGACUCGGUGUUGAUGAGGUGCUGGCCAUGCUAACUCAGUAUCUAUAUUAGGCAUUCCCAGCAGCGCAGAAUUCCCCAGGGAAAGCAAAUCAAUGUUUUGCUGGUGGCACCUCUCUGCCUAACAGGUCCCUUCAAGUCCUUCUGUGUUUAAGCUCUUGGCUUUUACAUUUUUCUUUCCUUUCUCAUAUGUUUUCAUAUUAUUUAACGAAAAACAAAAAAGAGAAAAACAAGGAAAGACUGCGGGGUGCAAUCUUUUUGGGGAUACCAUUUAUUUUAUUUUAUUUUGGGGAUACUAUUUUAUUUUUGCAUACUCACUUCUUUUUGUAGAAAAAGGAUGUUUCUGAAACCAUAGGAUACUUUCCUUUUCCUUAUAACUUCCACCUCCUUUUGACACUCAUAACAUUGGCAGAGUCAAAACAGGAACCUGCAGGACCACUGUCAGCCAUCAGCAUCUCAUGUUACAUGGCUAGGCAAAAUCCUGUCAAGCAUGGAGCCUUACAUUUUCAAAAGUGAAAAAUCCACAGUGAGGUUCAUUUGAUGUUAAGAUCUCACACAAAAUCUUGCCUCAAGCAUUGCCGCCCAUCUUUUCUGCCUUCCUCUGCAACAAAGCCAUUUGGUGCUAAGGGAGAGAUUCAUCCCAAGGGCCUGGUCCUGUACCUGGUAAUUUUCUGAGGUGCAUAUAUUUGCCUCUGCCUGCAGUAUGAUCCCCAGCGAGCUGGAAGCAGGGAGAAACGAAGCCCUUCUUGCAGAAAUGUGGCAGGUUAUGUUGUUCUCUCCGUUUCCUUUCCAAUCUUUCCCUCAGGUUUCUGGUUUUCCUUUCCUGACAUCAGCCUCUAACCCCUGUAAGCCCCACUGCAAUGUUUUCUGGCCACCUCACAGUCUUCAGCAUUAAAUUCUGUUAGGUUUUGUCAGCCACCUGGCUGUUUAUCCUGCCGUACCGUGGCAGGGAUGAGAUGGCCGGUCUGGAGUGAUGGGAGAUGAGCUGGAUCUCCAGCUGAGCAAAGGUGCCUGCAACCUCUGCUGAGCUGAGCCGCAGUGCACAGCCUAGCAGCAGCUCCAUCUCUUUAAGAGGGUGCCUGUUCAAAAGCCUUGCGGUGCUAGCAGCAGCAGGGGUUUUAUAACUCUCUUUAGAGAGGGCAGAUUCAGACCUUGUAUGUUGGUAUUAGUGUGGGUCCAGGUACCCAGCAUGUACCCAGCAUCUCCUCCUAACCUGAGAAGUAUCUCACACCAAGCAAAGAUGCAAGAACACAUUGUUCACCAUGUGAACAAACACACCCAUUUACAGUCCAAAGGACAGUCUGCCUUCUAGGAUCUUGGCACUGGCUCCAGUGAUUCACUCUCCAUUUCUCCCAGCUAGACUACUUUGAAGCCACAAUCAUGGUUUUCUUCUUGUUUUCAUGUGGGGUGAAGUUAGAUGCCUGUAAUGUCACAUGAAAUAAAAUUUCUCCCACUUCAUUUGUGAAAGGACUCCCACAAACUCAGAAGAGUAGAUCUUUUCAUUGCACUGUCCUAGAACACACCUUUCUCUUGGAGACCCCAUAUUCACAUCAACAUGGACCUGCAGUUAUAAUAGAGUGGAAAAUUCAGUUUCCCUUUUGCAGCAUUUCAGUCUUUUCAUUAUAAGCAUGUACUGAAAUGUGUGGUAGUGAGUGACUGCAGGCCAGGAUAGAAAAUGAGUUGUAAGAGGAAAGAGAUCAUUUGAAGAUUGACUGACAGAGAAGCUCUCUGCAGCUUGCUCUCCAAGGAUGAUAAUCACUUCUGCGUUGUGAUCCAGCAGGAGGGCUUAGCACCUAAAUAGUCAUGUCCUUUGAGAAUUAAAUGGUAGAUAGCCCUUCUGCUGCCUUAGCAUGUAGUUAGAUUUUACCCUCAGAGUUUCUUCCUGUUGUACAAUUUUCGGCUUGCUAAAAGAUGAAAGUUUAAAUGUUUUUGGGAUUUGCCUUCUUUCACAGAUUUCUUUUUUUUUUUUUUUUUGAGACUUCUACUUUCUUUAAUGUAUGUUACACAGUGUGCUACUACAGAGACUUUUAGACUUUCUGUGUAGCUAUCACAUAACUCAGAUUAUUUUGAAUGGGAGCAAAUGGAGAGCUUGUGAGAGAGUAGAAGAGAAAGAAAAAAUAUUUAUCAAAAAAUUGUUUGGAAACAAAAAUAUUUAUUAGUCUCUAAUUUGAAUUUAUAAUUCAUGAAGAAAUAGGAUCAACUAAAAAAGAGCACUUCUAGUGCUUCAGUGGUAGUGGUUUCCACUGAUGAAGGCAGAGGGAGCCUUGCAGUCAGUGGCACUGGAUGAGAACCCUGAGAAGAAGAGGAUAUUUAGCACAUUUGAUGUACCCAUUGUCUCUGGUGCUCUGCCUAGAGCAUUUGCAGUACACACACAGCUUUAUCUUGUAUGACAUAUUGUGAAAUCUGAUCAGCCAAGCAGCACAGGAAUCCUUCAUGUUUCUCCUAUGAAUCUAUUUAAGCAGUUUAAGUUAAAAUGCAUGUUAAAAGCAUAAAUCCCAUAA